AUGUUAUUUCGUUGUUUAUAUAGGUUUCAUUACACAUUCCCUCAAAGAAUAAGCCAAACAACCUAUUACCUACAAAAUAAAUAAUAUUUUGAUUCAUUGGUCGAUCAACCCAUCACUUCUUAACAAUUUUAAGAUUUGAAGCAAUCAUUGAAAAGCAUCAAGGAAAACGAAGCCAAAAUUGGAAUCAUACAAAUAGCAUUAGACAAUGGUAUAAUGAAGGAGAAAUUGGGAGAGAUUAGAGAAAUAAUGAACUAAUACAAGCAUCUAAUCGAAUCAAAUAAAUCAUCGAAUUAAUUGUAUUAGCAUGACUUAGGAGAUUACUAUGAAAAGGAAGCAUUACUAUUAUUGAGAGAGUGCAAAAUGCAGGAAUCCUUCGAUCCUUUCAAAAAGGGACUUCAAUAGUUUAUUGAUUUGUCCCAAGAUAAGAAUGCCUACAUUAUCAGAAGAAUAGAUUAGAUUCUGGAGAGUAUGAUAAUAGUGAUUGAAGACAUGGGCUCGUUGGAGUAAGCAAGAGAACACAUCAAAUAGGGACUACAAAUAUUCGAGUAGUUGCUUGGAAAAUAGUCAGAGAAAUACAUUUAAUAUUUGAAUAAGUUGGCUAAUACAUACUUACAAGUAGAUAACCAGCAGGCUAUAAAUUUGCAUAAAGAGGCUCUUGAAAUAAUAGGAGAAAUGAAUGAAAAUAAUUUUUAAUUAUAUUUGAAAACAGCAAUUGAAUUGAUGAUUACACAAUUUAAUUAAAAAUUUGAUCAGAAUUUAUAUGACACAAUCAAUAAAGGCUUAUAAUAAUAUGGUAAUAUUGACAGCGAACUUACUGUGUAUUAUCAUGUAGUGAUGAGUCAUCUAUUUUAUGAUAACAAAAAUUACUAGAAACAAGAGUUUCAUCUUUAAGAGGCAUUUAAGGUGUAUUCAAAUGAAAAAUCCAGUUUAUUAAUGAAUAUUAUUGCACAAAAAUCUUUGAUUUUGAAAAGCGAGCAUAGGAAUGACUUUUAUAAUGUGUUGAUUACUGAACUUGAUAAGGAAUUCCAAGAUGUUCUAGAAUUACAAUAUUAUAAAUGUAAACUAAUAUACGAAAUAAAUAAAUAGAAUGGCAUAAUUGAAUUCGAAAAUAUGUAAACUAGGUUGUAUAACUAAAAAUUAACUUAAUAUAUUGUUGAUUUCACUUAAUAAUUGGCUAAAGACGGUUUAAAAGAGGAGGCGAUAAGAUUAAUUGAAGGAUAUCCUGAAUAUGAUCACUUACUCAAAGCUUGGAAAUAAAAAUGAUUAUUUAAAUAUGUUAA